CAUAUUUACAUAAUUCCGGCAAAAGUCACUGCAAUCCAAUCUGCACUGCAAUUUAACAAACGAAAAAUGCCUCCCCAGCUGAAAGAUAUCCCUCCCCAACCGAAAACUCCCGAAGAGGAGGAAGUGUUCAAAAAUUUGUGGUCGAUCCGACCGUGUUACCUUUACAACGAGGAGUACGAUGAUUGCACCGGCAUUCGAGCACGGUUCCACCAGUACUUCAUCCAUGGGGACAGCAUCGAUUGCAACCAGUGGAAGCGAGAUUUCGACAAUUGUGUGAAAUUCGAGCGAAAUCCUCAUAACACGAAGAGCGCUCUGGAGCUGAUUGAAAGUGAAAAAAUAAGAAGAACCGAGAGACUUAAGGCACACUAUGGAAACGAUGUGUGGGCAAAGCGUAGCAAAGCUCCGGAAGAUUGGGCGAAGCCCUUGCCGGAAAAGCUGCAAAAGGAGUACGAAAAUUCCUAUUUGGAGCUUAAGGCAAGGGAGAUGCGUGGAGAGGUGGAACCAUCCAAAGAGGAUGGUCGAACGAUGUGCGUCAUCAUGUAAAGAAGCAUAUUGUCGUUUAAGUUUAGUUUUAUUGAGUUCUUAGCACAUUAUACAUUUAAUACAAGAUUAA